AUGAAGGUAGCCAUGGUCUCCCCUUAUGAUUUCGCAUGGCCCGGGGGCGUUAACGCCCAUGUGUCCCAACUUUCAGACGAAUUGCGGCAGCGCGGACACGCAGUUACCGUCAUUGCUCCGGGUACUCCGGGGCGCGGGUCAGGCGAAUCGGGGGCACGCGACAACUUCAUCCCUAUGGGUAGAUCUGUUCCGUUGUCCGCCGGCGGGUCCACGGCCCGCGUGACCCUUUCGUGUUGGCUGUGGCCGCGCGUCAGGCAGUUUAUGGCCCGUGAGCGAUUUGAUUUGGUCCACGUCCACGAACCGAUGGCGCCCCUUUUGCCGUUGAUGUUCCUGCAUCAUUCCAACGCCGUCAACAUAGGCACCUUCCACGCGUUUUCGGAUGGGCAACGGCUGUACCGCUGGUCUCGCUUUGCGCUCAAGACGUGGCACGGACGGCUGCACGGGCGUAUCGCGGUUUCGGAGGCGGCCCGAUCCUUUGUAGCACCCCAUUUUCCGCAUCGCGCGUAUCGGGUAAUUCCCAACGGAAUCGACUUUCAGCGCUUUGCCGAUGCCAGUCCGCUUCCCGAAUUGCGGGACGGGAGGAAAAAUGUCCUGUUCGUUGGGCGCAAGGACGAGCGCAAAGGUCUGCGGUAUCUUUUGGAGGCCUUUGCUAUCCUGCUUGAAAGCCGACGUGAUCUCAGGCUGAUCAUCGUGGGUCCGGGACGACCGGAUCGGGUGUGCGCUUCAUGGCUCGAUACGGUAACGAGCGCCGGUAAUGACAUGGUGAGAGUUGCCGGGCCGGUUUCUGACAGCGAUUUGCCGCGCUAUUACGCCAGCGCGGAUGUGUUCUGCAGCCCCGCGACCGGUGGAGAGAGCUUCGGGAUCGUGUUGUUGGAAGCGAUGGCUGCUGGUGUACCGGUGGUGGCGUCGGACAUUGACGGCUAUCGCGACGUCGUGAACCAUGCCCGCAACGGAUUGCUGGCCCCGCCGCGCGAACCGGCCGCCAUCGCCGGAGCCAUCGCCAGCGUGCUCGACAAUCCUGACCUCGGGCAUCGAUUGUCCGAAGCUGGCAAAGAUGUGGCGCGGCUUCAUCGUUGGCAGCGGGUCGCCUCGGAAGUCGAAGAUUAUUACAAACUCUGCAUGGAGGAGGUUCAUCACGGUGGCUAUGCUCGGUAG